AUGACAAAUAAUACUACUAGUACAGUUGAUAUUUCAUUAUCAACAAUGAAUAAAAAUUAUAAUGAUAGUGAAAGUGAUGAUGAUGAUAGUGAUUUAUAUGAACCACAACCGAUAACAACUACUGAACAACAAAUCGAUCCUACACAACUUCAAUGGAUGCCAUGGAUGUGGUUUUAUGCAAAACAAUCUGUAAAAAAAAGUUAUGAAGCAUGUGAUUCAGCUGGAGAAAAAUUAGCUUGGUUUUUUGGAAUUACAAAACCGAAAUAUUAUUCUGAAAUUCAGGAGUAUGAACGUAUGGAUCAAGAAGAACGUGAAGAAUGGAAACAAUCAUUUCAAGAUGUUGAACAUAAAAGUGAUGUUCUUGAUUCGAUCGUUACUAUUCCACCCUCAUCAACGAAUGUAUUCGUGAUUUCAAAUCAAGAUAUUACAGACAAAUGA